AUGAUUUGGAAAUCUCUCUUCAGUGCUGUGACCUUAUUAGCACAUAUCCUCCCAGCUUUAGCUGACCCAACUCCCAAUUCAGAGUUGACUAGUCAGGCGUCGGACAAAUAUGUCUUCGCCCACUUCAUGGUUGGUAUAGUAAAAGAAUACCAGCUAUCAGACUGGAAAGAAGACAUGACCGCAGCCCAAUCCAUCGGCAUCGACGCAUUCGCCCUAAACUGCGCAAGCAUAGACAGCUACACCCCAACCCAACUAGCCCUAGCCUACGAUGCAGCCCAGCAAGUCAACUUCAAAGUAUUCAUCUCCUUCGACUUUGCCUAUUGGACCAACGGAGACUCCGCAAAGAUUACAGAGUAUAUGAAACUAUAUGCAGGUCACCCAGCGCAGAUGCAAUAUAAGGGAGGCGCGGUAGUAAGUACCUUUGUCGGAGACAGUUUCAACUGGGAUACAGUGAAGCAGGGUACGCCACAUCCAAUUUACGCAUUGCCAAAUCUCCAAGAUCCGGCUGAGGCUACCACCGGCCCUGCUAAAAGCGCUGAUGGUGCAUUCUCGUGGUUGGCUUGGCCUACAGAUGGGGGAAAUAGCAUCAUCCCAGGGCCGAUGACUACCGUCUGGGAUGAUAGAUUUGUUCAUUUCCUCGCGGGGAAAACUUAUAUGGCUCCCGUCUCACCCUGGUUCUCAACCCACUUCAACACCAAAAACUGGGUUUUCGUUUGCGAGAAUUUGCCAACACUACGUUGGGAGCAAAUGCUUUCGCUUCAGCCGGACCUGAUUGAGAUUAUCUCGUGGAAUGAUUACGGCGAAUCCCACUACAUCGGCCCGUACUCAGUCCACCACAGUGACGACGGCUCUUCCCAGUGGGCAGAAAACAUGCCGCACGACGCCUGGCGCAACCUAUUCAAGCCGUAUAUUGCAGCCUACAAAUCCGGAGCAAAAGCCCCUACCGUGGAAGCAGACGAAGUCGUGUACUGGUACCGACCUACGCCCAAGGGCGUCGUGUGCACUGGUGAUAACCUUUCAGCACCAAUGGGUGCCGACAUGCUCAGUGAUAGUAUUUUUGUCGCGACUAUGUUGACGAGUCCGGCUUCAUUGACUGUGCAGAGUGGGAAUAAUGCUCCUGUUAGCAUUGAUGUUCCGGCGGGGAUUGUUACUUCGAAUGUGACUAUGGGGGUUGGGGCCCAGUCUUUCAAGGUGACUCGCGAUGGACAGACGAUUUUGAGUGGCCGGGGGGGUAUGGCUGUUAAGGACAGCUGUAUUCAGUAUAACUUCAAUGUUUAUGUUGGAUUGAUCACUGGGGGUGAUAGGCAGUAA